AUGACAUCAUCCCACCUGAUCUCAGGUGCCUCAUGUAACCAUGACAUCAUCCCACCUGAUCUCGGGUGCCUCAGCACUGUGAUUUGCAUUCUAGUGUUGAAGAAACCGUUGCGAGAUCAGGAGAAUGAGCAGAGGCUCCGAGCGGGGUUUUGGCCGCAGGAAUGGGGCCCUGACUCCUGCGGGGACAGAGCAGCCGCGGCGGUGGCCAGCUGGCAGGGAGGGCACCCGAGACAAACUCUGCCUGGUUCACCGCGGGCGGAAGGCCGGACCUGGUAUUGUCUGCGCCUGUGGCCUUUGGACCCGGUGUUUACGACAGACGGGCCGGGCCUGCCUGUAGUGGUCACCGUCCUUCUGCGGGCUCGCUGCUCUGCUGCUGCGGCCGUGUCCCCCUCAGCUACCGGCCUCGCGCUCCAGGGCUCCCAGGUUGGGCUCACUUAUGGCCAUCCUUCCUCCUCCCUGCCGGGUCAUGACCCCUCGAGCCCCAGUGCUGGAUGA